CUCGAACGGGCGACAAUGGUCUGGGUUUCGGCUCCGGGAGCUCGGCAGGGACCGAACCCCUGUUCCGAGUGGGUCCGGUAGCUUCGCGGCGGAGAUCGCGUCUUGCAACUGCCCCAGCAUCCCAACUCCAUUGCCCAAGCAACCUCCAAUCUUGAGCAUCCGAGAGCCCAUGCUACCACCAUGUUGAGCUUUCCGCGGGGGAGGCGCGGGCUCACUGCCCUGAUCCCCCUCCUCAUUUUGGCAUCUCUUCUCCUCGCUGGCCCAGUAGCGGCGUCAAUUGGCGACCAACUGCCCGAGUUCAGGGAGUGUGUCCAGAUAUGUGAACGGGAAAAUUGCGGGCCCGACCCAGAGCAUCAAACCCCGAUUCCCCUCCACCGCCGCCUCCUCCUCUGGACCUGCCCGGCCGAGUGCGACUACACGUGCCAGCACAUCACGACGGCGGCGCGGCGGGCGCGCGACCCGCCGCAGCCGGUCGUGCAGUUCCACGGCAAGUGGCCGUUCCGCCGCGCGCUCGGCAUGCAGGAGCCCUGCAGCGUGCUCUUCUCGCUCGGCAACCUGGCCGCGCACUACCACGGCCUGCACCGCCGCGUGCUGCCCCGCAUCCCGGCCUCGUACUCGAUGCGGCCCUUCUACGUCGCCCUCGCCCGCCUCGGCAUCGUCACUUGGUUUCUCAGCGCCGUCUUCCACACCCGCGACUUCCCGCUGACCGAGCGCCUCGACUACUUCGCCGCCGGCGCGUCCGUGCUGUACGGCAUGUACUACGCCGUCGUGAGGCUGUGGCGGCUGGAUAGGCCCACGCCCGCGGCGAGGAGGGCGCUGUGGCUGUGGACGGCGCUGUGUGCCGCGAUGUAUGCGGCGCAUGUCGGGUACUUGACGCUGUGGCGGUGGGAUUACGGGUAUAAUACCGCGGCGUGCGUGGCGUGUGGCGUGGUGCAGAAUGUGCUGUGGAGCUGGUUCAGCUACACGAGGUACGCGCGCACGAAGCAGCCGUGGGCGGUGUGGCCCGGGAUCGUGGUCGCGUGGGUCAUCAUGGCGAUGAGCUUGGAGCUGUUUGAUUUCCCGCCGUUAUGGGGGUGCAUUGACGCGCAUAGUCUGUGGCACCUGGGGACAAUCGCGCCGGCUGUCUUGUGGUAUAAGUGAGUGUGUCUGGGGUCGGCCCUUGUCGGAAAGUUGCUGACACUUUG